AUGGCAGAAACUCUAUAUUUCGGACUCCUUCUCAUUGCUCUCUGUUCAAUAUCUGAAUGCAUUCAGCACCGCUAUCACUAUAUAGACAUGAAUAAGACCUGGACUGAAGCUCAAAGUUACUGCAGAGAGAAGUACACAGAUCUGGCCACAGUCGACAACAUGAAUGACAUGAAACAGCUGAAAAAAAGUGUGAACAAUCAGAUGCACGUCUGGAUUGGACUGAACAACACAGGUGUUUAUAAAUGGAAGUGGUCUAUGGGUGACCCUGUGAACCAUACAAACUUGGUAAUAAACAGUAGCAUUAAUGGUGAUGGUAAUUGUGUAUUUAUGAGAAAUGGAACAUGGUGUCGUCAGAACUGUGAUCAGAAAUUAACGUUUAUCUGCUACAAUGGUGACAAAAGAUUAUUCUAUGAAACUUCUAAUAAAAUGUGGAAUGACUCUCAGAUCUUCUGCAGAGAGCAUCAUACUGAUCUGGUGAGUGUGAGGAACCAGAGUGAGAAUGAACAGAUUCAGCAGAUCAUUAAUGACAGUCACAUAUCUGUCUGGAUCGGUCUGUUCAGUGAUUCAUGGGAGUGGUCAGAUCAGAGUAACUCCACCUUCAGAUACUGGAAGUCUAAAGAACCCAGUGGUGAAGUUCAUCCAGCGUGUGUAGAAGUCCGAAUGGAAAAUCAGGGUCAAUGGAAUGAUGCAGCUUGUAAUUGGUCUCAUACUUUUGUGUGUCAUGAAGAUAAGCUGGUAUUGAUCAAUAAGAGUCUGAGCUGGUCUGAUGCUCUGAGUUACUGUAGACAGAAUCAUGUGGAUUUGGUUUCGGUUGAUUCAGAGAAGAUUCAGCGCUGGGUGUCAGAAUUGGUUAAACAGGCCUCUACUCGGGCUGUGUGGAUGGGGUUACGUCACUCCUGUAGUGUUGGCCUUUGGUUCUGGGUGAAUGGAGAGAUGGUUUGCUAUCAGAAUUGGGCUCCAGGUAACAAAACAGCAGUGGACGACUGUGACCGUGAAGUAAAAUCUGGAGCUGUCCAGUCUGAAGAAGAUCAUCGCUGGAUCAGCCUUCCUCAAAGUGAACAACUCAACUUCAUCUGCAUCAGAUAUGAGUAAGAAUAAAAUCAUACACAUCAUAUAUAACUUGUUUUUCCUUGUUAUGUUUCUGGUUUUGGUUUGUUUUUUGGCAGUGGGGCUAUUUAAAUAUUUUAAAUCUAAUACAGCUUGCAUAAUAAACAAAUUUAUUGUAUUCGUUUGAACUCAAACUCUUUUUUAAACUUCUUUCUGUUGUGAUUUAGAGCAUACAGACACAAUUCACUUCACAAUGUAUUAGCUUUUGUUUUUAAGUAACUACUGAAUUAUGGGAAAUUAUUUGUAAUUACUUUUUGAGAAAAGACAAAAGUUCAUCACAUUUACUAAUCAGAGAUGUCACUUAUGCUCUCUUACAUGUGUGUGUUUAUUAAUAAUAUGUGGUCAUAUCAGAGUUAUAUAACAUUUACUUGUAUAAAUUAGGAAAACAGUAUGAGAUUUCUAAAAUCUGUUAAUAUCUAAAAUACUAACAGAUGAUACCCGUGUG